AUGACUGCCAAUGAAUCAACGCUCAAUGGUGUUGAUCACUCAUCUCCAAUUAACAUUUCGCCGAGCGCUAGAAAUCCAUUAUUGGACUCAACAAGUAGUCUCAGUCGAUCGGUUACUUCCAGUCAACUUGAGCUUGAACCCACUCAUAAUGGUGUUUCUAAUACAGAUGUUGACUGGCUUUCUAGAGGAUCCUCUUUGAAAGAUAGAGGUCAGUAUCCAUUGCCGAAUUCAGUGGCCGGAGGUCGAGUAAGAACUAGGUCCAAUUCACUACCACCGGUGCCUAGUGGGGAAAGGCUUCCUCCGCAAUUGGGUCGGUCAAAGGCUACCACAGGAGUGUCGGUUGAAGGGGGACAAGCGAGCUCUAAAGAACUUGGUGGAUCCGACCAGAGUGGUGAAAAUAUUAUUAACAACAAAAAGAAGAUACCUGCUGCUGCUGCUGCUGCUUCAACUAUUGAAGAAGAUGAGGAGGCUGAAGAAAGUUCAGAAAAGGGCCCUCCAUUGAGCCCUACGAGCACGACCCUCCGAAACCCUGCCCCUGGCCCAGGUUAUGCUAAUCAAGCUGUCACAGCUCAUUCUAAAUUAUCACAGGGUCUGAGAUCUUCAAAGACCAUGCCGAUUGCGUUGGAAAAGACUCAGGUGGGAUCGGAGCUUACAAGGUCCAUAUCAGUAAGCAGCGCAGCUUUGGGCAAAUCCCCUUCUGAUAAACUUCCAUCGACGUCCCCCUCAAAUGCCAGGCGUGGUUCUUGGUUUCACAAUCUCAGUUCUAAAUUUUCAUCGUCAUCAUCGCAUAACAACAAUGGAAGUUCUGUAGUGUCAAAUCAACGAAGGGCAUCUACGAGUGGACUCAAAAAUACCGUUCCUGGCUCGACUCUAUCCACAGGCUCUGUUAAGGAUUCACCAUCAUCAGGCUUGGGCCUGGAUGUGGAGUCGCACUCUAACCUGGCCCAUGCACAUGUAGCUGGUGGGAAUAUCCCACCAUCUGCCAAUCCAAUUUUUUCUCCUUCGUACACUAACAAUCGCAAUUUACCGACCAAUCGCAUUCUUGACACGCAUCCACCAAGAACUUCAUCUCCCAAGCUAUCCCCUGAAAUUGCAGUUGGAGGAACUGCUCAAUCACCAAGUCCAUCAUCUGCAUUUCCUUUCAAACAAGAGCAUAAUCGAUCUAACUCGGUUUCGAGUACAGGAUCACUGGUAAAUAGAUUAAGGCGCUUGUCUACCAGGUCAAAUGGAAGCCAAAGUGAUUUAAUUAGCACCCAAUUCAAGGCGGAGUCUCAGCAAGUAAGAGUUAUCCUGAACAAAAACCAUUCCAAGAAGCCAUGCAAAAUUCCUGAAUUGGAAGGUGUCUUACCGCCAACGGUACGUUUUAAAGCUGAAGUAUUUGAGACAGAUCCUCCCCAGCAGAUCCCAGCACGGAACCCACGGACUGGUAAUAUUACAUUUGGUCCGAACGGUGAAAUUAACCGUGAACCGCUACCUCCAAACGGUUACCCAAUGCCAUUAUAUGUGUUACCGAGGAAUUAUGGCGCUAGCACUUUGGCAGCUAGUCAAUCUGCUUAUGAGUCAGCUAUACGGGUAGCCAACUCUGUAAAAUCGUCUGGAGGAGUUUCAAUAUUUAAAUCUCGUAAUUCACUUUCAUCCACCACGUCCUUCUCGUCUAACAAUACUGAAUAUGAUGAAGAAAAGGAUGUUUCGGAAUCUGACCGCACCCAAAGUCUGAAAAUCGACAAACCCAUGCAUUCGGCUGAGAGAAUGGGAUCUGGUUCUACCAAUACUACAACUGCAAGUACUGGUGAUAGUAGCGUAGAAGAUGAUGAUCUCGAUGAGCAAGGAAAAGAGCUCACUCUUGAAACAAUAUAUACAAGGUGUUGUCAUUUACGCGAAAUUUUGCCUAUUGCAGCUACAUUGAAGCAAAUCAAAGACAGAAAACCUCCUCUAGAAGUAAUCAAAAUGAUGAAUCCACGUCCUACUCUUAUUGAAAUUCUAUCAUUAUCGGAUUUUUUGUCUGUUGUCCCCGUUCGCAUGCUUAUAUUCGACAAUGUCAGCUUAUCUACUGAAAUGUUUCGAAUAAUUCUCUCUUCUGUGGUGACAUCUGACCAUUUAGAAAGGCUUAGUUUAAGAAAUCUCAUUCUGGAUGAUAAGGGAUGGAAACUCUUCUGUGCAUUUUUCAGUGAAAACUCUUCACUCGUGAAGCUUGAUCUGUCCAUUGAAAAAGUGAAUUCCAAACAGCCAUCCGAUCGCUCACUUUUAGAUUGGGAUCUAUUUACAAAGGCUUUGGUUGCUAGAGGUGGUGUAGAAGAGCUGAUUUUGAAUGGCUGCGUUGUACCGAGUGACGAAUUAGCUCCAUUGAUCUUCAACGGCUGCUCGUUGUCGACAAAACGACUUGGACUAGCUUUGAACGAUCUGCUACCGGAGGACUUGCAAGUUAUUAUGAAGUGGGCAGCUGAUCCGAGUUGUGUAUGUGAGGGCCUGGAUUUGGGUGGUAAUUUGAUGGAUCAGUCAUGGGAUGCAAUCAAAGAGAUUCUCAAGGGAAAGUGCCUGAAAUUUUUGUCAUUGAAUUCUACUGGAUUAGCGAAUGUGACAAAAGCUAACGAAAUUUUUGGCGGUGUAUGCUCUCACUCAAAUCUGAUAAUGCUAGAUCUAUCUAGUAACCCAGAUCUCUUUCCAAAGUUUACUCACGUUCUUGCCAAAGUUCUACCGACUUUUACAGAUCUUAGAAGAAUUCAUCUGGAAUCGAACAAUCUCUCUCCGGAAGAUGUCAUGCUACUUGCAGACGCAUUUGCAAGGUGUCCUAAGCUUGUUCACAUUAGUGUGUUAGACAACAGAAGGUUAGAUUCCACAGCUUGUGCUGCUUUGGCAAUUGCAACGCAUAUUUCUAAUACUAUCUACAGAGUAGAGUCGGAUAAUGAUCUUUGGCCUGUUAUCUUACAACGGAGGCUUGCUCAUAAUUGUUUGGUCAAUAUGGAGCUUACGGCUGGCCGAAUCACUCAGCAAGAAAAGGAUUCAGAUGAUGACGGACUAUUUGGUAAAGAGGACCUUAUGAAUACUGGCAAUUAUAUUGCUAUGGCUGCCGAAGAACUACUGAAGUCGAUUAAGGAAGAUGAUGACAAUGAUAGUGAAGAUGCACAAGGACAUCUAGUGGUAUCCGAAAUGGUUCGUCGAGCCAAGCAAGUGCGGGUGAAAAUCCGUAAAACACUGGAUGAGCUGUUCGAAAAACGGCGAAGUGGUGUUGGCCUAGUAGUGGAAGAAAAGGAGCGUUUAGUGAGGCUCUGUUUUUUGGAUGGAACACUUGAAAAAGUGCUGGACAAAUACAAUCAGACCAAACUGUAUAAGCAUGAAAAUCAAAAUGAAGAGUCCACAAAAGGCUCUGGCAAUGAUGUUUCGACACAGAACAGAAUGGGAACCACAUCUCUUUCUGGAAAAAGUGUUCCUCCUCUAAACAUGCCACCACUUUUACCAGUAGAUCGUGAAGUUGUGCUCUCAACUACUGUCUCAACCCAUCCGGACUUCACCAUUGCACCUGUCAGCGAAUACCCAGAAGUCCAGUCACUUUCCAGACGAUCAUCUGUCACCUCGCUGCACCGUAAAGAACAGGAACUCGAGGAGGGUGAAUUGCAUAGAUUUGGUACCUUUAUUCGAAGUCACAGAGAUAGCCAUACCGAUCUCUCAGAUGAUGACGAAGAUGAGGAUGCUCAUGUUGUUGAUAGCGAGGAAGAUAUUAGACGACGCAGCAGCGAUGAAGGAACCGGUGAAGAAUUACGGCAGAAAAUCUUGGCCGCCAAAGGAUCUCAGUCGGUUUCUGAACUGAUCCAGCAACUUCAACAAAUGCAUGGGCCCGAACUAGACAGGAUUCUGGCUGCUGGUAAAGAUAAGUCUUUAUCGGAGAGGGACGAUAUUCUUUUGCGACUCAACCAUGCUGCUAGGCCGAGAUCAGCACAGGCAAGCACACCUCCCGAAGACACAAAGUUGCUUGCUGGAGAUUACGUGACUUUGGAUUCUGUUGUUGAUGAUAUUGCUCGUGCAUUGACAUGA